GACUCCCCAUUCACCAUUGUACCGAUAAGGUUUUCGAAUCGUUCACGCACGGGUGGAUCAACCUGCACAGGAAUUCCUCUCCAGCUGAUCAUCAUCGGAAUGACUGGGCCUCCAGUGACAUUUUUUCAAAAGUGACAGCGACCAGGGUUCAUCAUCUCUGGAGAUAGGAAACCGGUUCGGCUCGAUGCCACACGAUCAACAAUAAUUGACGGAGUCCUAGUGUAUUAAGAAAUACAUAUUCAAAAUGUAUGCAAGGAAAAAAGCGAGCUUACGAAUCGAUGAAUCAUACUUAAAAUGUAAAUCCUGUAAGGAAUAUUAUGGCAAUGAAGAAUGGGAUGGAUUAUGCUCACAGUGCAACAGGGAGCAAAUCCAAAAGAGGCGAGAAAAGGAAGCGAAAUUUGAAAAGGAGAUACAGCAGAAAUCUCCCGUGACAGGAUUUACAAAAUUUGAAGAGAAGAAACGUUUACAAACAGAGAAGAAAAACAAGCUCCUUAAAAUAAAAGUAUUCGGGAUGUCGCCAAACUCCAAAGAGGGCAGAGUUGAAGCUCUGUUCGGUCCGGACACCAAAGAGGCUGAGGCGAUUCAUCAGAGUUGUCAGGAACUUUUCAACACCGUAGGUGCCAAAGUUGAAACAGACAUACACAAGUGUAUUAAAACGUUUUAUAAAAAAAUAAUUUGUGAGGCUGAAAAUCCGAUGACUUCGAUCGAAGAUGUUUCAGAGCGGACACAAAAUUUUUACCAAAUCUUGAAUAAAAGGAUGGAUGAAGAGCAAGUUUAUUCGGGGGUCACUAACGAACAGAAGGAGCAGCUAUUAGACUACACUGAAAAAUAUGCUAUGACUUGCCUUUACCAUUCCUUGUUUUGCCCCGCCAAUACGACUGAUGAAGAAAAAGACCUUAACAUCCAAAAAAGAAUACGUCAGUUGAAUUGGGUUAGUGCGACUCAUGUAGAUUGCAGGAUAAGCGAGACAAGUACAGAAGUUCAUGACUUAGUGUAUUCAGCAAUAACAGAUCUGCUGGGGAUGGAUUCGGCAAAAGCUCCACAGGACAAGUUAAGAUGUGUGGUAAGGUGCUGUCGGAAGAUCCUGAUGUUGAUGCAGAAAUGCGUUGGAGGCCCGGCAUCCGCCGAUGAAUUUUUGCCUGCUUUAAUUUUCAUAGUUUUAAAAGCAAAUCCAGCCCGUCUCAAGAGCAACAUUAAUUAUGUGACAAGAUUUUGUAAUGCAAGUCGCCUCAUGUCUGGAGAGGGUGGUUACUACUUUACAAACCUGUGUUGUGCAGUCUCUUUUAUUGAAAAUUUAACAGCUGAAUCGUUGAAUAUGCCGGAAGACGAAUUUCAGCAGUACAUGGAAGGGAAAAUUUUGCCUUCAAGUACUUGGGAAUCUGCUCUAAUCAUGUGCGAGGGCAUGCAUUUAAUGAAUGAGAAUAUGGUUAUAUUUGCCGAUAUAAGAAAAAGGCAGGAGGUGGCUAGAAAUCAGAUUGCAAUGCUAAAAGCAAAGAAUCAGAAAUUCGAGGAAGAAAUGUUGAAUAAGAUAAAUGAACUUAAGGAAAAUAUUCCGUUGAAACUGAGACCUUUGAAAGAGCCCACUGACUUAGAUGCUGAAGACCCGUUUGUACCUAAUCUUCCACCCCCUCUCGCUCCACAAAUUGUUAGUCAUGAAGCCGAUGUAAAGCCCCCGGCAAAAAUAGAAUCGCCUGAAUCGCCAGAUUGGCAUUUGACGUCUUUGCCAGACCAAACGCUUACAUCUAUCAAUUACGACUUUGACCUCUCUGACCUCUCUGGUGGUGAAACGAGCACUUGUGAGGAUUUGAAUACAUCCACAUUACAAUCAAUAGAGAUAGCCUCAGUUCAAUCUUUGGAUUUGAAUGCUUACCACCCAACUAUAGCGAGUAAAUCAGGUUACUCACUUCUUGACGGCGAUCAAUCGCCCAAGUCCUCUGAGCAGCUUCCAUCUCCUUUGAAACCACAGCCUACUUCAACUUAUCAUGGGUUUUCUUCGCAAGGAUGGCAGAUCCCGAGUAUCCCAUGUGACACGGGUGCAGCGCCUUUUUCAUCCGAUUCCAGGAGGCUUGAAAACCAAAACAACAAUAACAGCAACAUUGGAAAGCUGGGUAGAGUCCCUGAUGCAAAUACUUAUAACUAAUAAUUACGUUGGAAAAGUUUAAAUGUUUAGACACUUUAUCAGUAUCAACUUAAUUUUAAUAACCUCUAAUUGUAUUAGAGGACAUUAUUUUUAUAUUGCUCCACAUUUCCCCCACCCCUAUAUGAACAUUUAUACUGGCAAAUUUAAACCAAAGAACAUAAUUUAUUUUUCAAAUUAAUAUUACAGAAAGUUUUAGGUCAAAUCAAUUUGUAGUUAAUGGAUCUCUCUCAGUUAGCUUACACAAGAUAAUUAAUUUGUAAAAAAUUACUAAUUAUUAAAUAAUUUUAUUAUCAAUGCUAAACAUUCAGGCCGUUAUAAAAU